AUGGAUCCCGUCUUCCAGAGGAUAAGGGCCCGGCAAGACAAGUUUGAUGCUGGCCAGGAACUGCUGGAUCUCUUGCAGGACCCCUUCGCCGGACAGCUCCAACAAACCUCCUUCUUCGCUGCCCUCGGUACCUCGGUCCUGUUCACGCUCGGCAUCGCCAUUGCCUUCUCCUUCCUGCGUCCCUACAACCAGUCCGUCUACGCCCCCAAGACCAAACAUGCCGACGAGAAGCACGCCCCGCCGCCCAUCGGCCGCAAGCUCUGGUCCUGGGUCUUCCCCCUCUGGAGCACCACCGAGUACGAGUUCAUCCAGUACGCCGGCAUGGACGCCGCCAUCUUCAUGCGCUUCGUCGAGAUGCUGCGCAACCUCUUCGUCACCCUGUCCGUCUUUGUCCUCGCCAUCCUCAUCCCCGUCAACCUCACCCAGGUCGACGUCUCGGGCGAGGGCCGCGCCUGGCUGGCCAUGCUGACGCCCUCGAACGUCUGGGGCGACGCCCAGUGGGCCCAGGUCACCGUCGCCUACGGCAUCAACGCCAUUGUCAUGUUCUUCCUGUGGUGGAACACGAAGAAGGUCCUGCACCUGCGCCGCCGCUACUUUGAGAGCGACGAGUACCAGAACAGCCUGCACGCGAGGACCCUGAUGCUCUACGAUCUUCCCAAGGACCGCAGCUCCGACGAGGGCAUCGCCCGCAUCAUCGACGAGGUCGUCCCCAGCUCCUCCUUCUCCCGCACCGCCGUCGCACGCAACGUCAAGGAUCUGCCCAAGCUCAUCGCCCAGCACGACCACACCGUGCGCAAGCUCGAGUCCGUCCUCGCCAAGUACAUGAAGAACCCGGCCCAGCUGCCGCCCACCAGGCCGCUCUGCAAGCCCUCGAAGAAGGACCCCUCGUUCAGCACCUACCCCAGGGGGCAAAAGGUCGACGCCAUCGAGUACCUCACGCAGCGCAUCAAGACGCUCGAGAUUGAGAUCAAGCAGGUCCGCCAGAGCGUCGACAAGCGCAGCUCCAUGCCCUACGGCUUCGCCAGCUACUCCGACAUCACCGAGGCCCACAACAUUGCCUACGCCUGCCGCAAGAAGCACCCCCACGGCUCGACCAUCAAGCUGGCCCCGCGCCCCAACGACAUCAUCUGGAACAACCUGCCGCUGUCGGCGUCGACGCGCCGCUGGAGGCGCGUCAUCAACAACCUGUGGAUCACCCUCCUCACCUUCAUCUGGAUCGGCCCCAACGCCAUGAUCGCCGUCUUCCUCGUCAACCUCAACAACCUGGGCCGCGUCUGGCGCGAGUUCCAGACCGAGCUCGUCGAGAACAAGACCUUCUGGGCCUUCGUCCAGGGCAUCGCCGCGCCCGCCAUCACCUCGCUCGUCUUCCUCGUGCUGCCCAUCAUCUUCCGUCGCCUGUCGAUCAAGGCCGGUGACCAGACCAAGAGCGGUCGCGAGCGCCACGUCGUCGCCAAGCUGUACGCCUUUUUCGUCUUCAACAACCUCGUCGUCUUCUCCCUGUUCAGCGCCACCUGGACCUUCGUCGCCGGCGUCAUUAACAGGACCGGCCACGGCGCCGAUGCCUGGGACGCCAUCCUCGAGGAGAACAUUGCCGACACGCUGUUCCUCGCCCUCUGCACUGUCAGUCCCUUCUGGGUCAACUGGCUCCUCCAGCGCCAGCUCGGUGCCGCCAUUGACCUGGCCCAGUUCUGGCCCCUGAUCUACAGCUUCUUCGCCCGCAAGUUCUCGAGCCCCACGCCGCGCGACCUCAUUGAGCUCACGGCGCCCCCGGCCUUUGACUAUGCACCCUACUACAACUACUUCCUCUACUACUCGACCAUUGCGCUGUGCUUCGCCGGCAUCCAGCCCAUCACCCUGCCGGCCGUGGCCUUGUACUUCGCCAUUGACGUCUGGCUGAAGCGCUACCUCUUGCUCUACGUCUUCGUCACCAAGACCGAGUCGGGCGGCAUGUUCUGGCGCGUCGUCUUCAACCGUGUCAUCUUCGCCACGAUGCUCGCCGACCUCGUCUUCUUCCUGACCUGCUGGGUCCGUGGCGAGGGCGCCCACCACACCCACGCCCUCGCCAUUGUGCCUCUGCCGUUCCUCAUGCUCGCCUUCAAGUUUGUCUCCUCCCGCCAGUUCGACGACAAGAUCCGCUACUACUCGACCCUCAACGUCGCCAAGCACCCCGAGAGCGGCCUCCAGAAGGAACAGCGCCUGCGCAGCGAGAGGCUCGCGUCGCGCUUCGGCCACCCGGCCCUGUACAAGCCGCUCAUCACGCCCAUGGUGCACCAGAAGGCCCAGGCGACGCUCCACAUUGUGUACAAGGGCCGCCUGUCCGACGGGCGCGAGGCCGGCGGCAUGGACGGCAUGUCUGUCUCUGGCUACUCGGACACGUUUGCGCUGGACCCCAUGAACGCCGGCAAGCCCGGCAAGCAGAUGAACACGAACGUGCCCGGCUUUGAGUUUGUCUCGGACUCGCACAUGGAUUUCGAAUUCUACAAGAACCGACCGGAGUUCGCCGACGAGCACGGUCAGGGCGACCUCUUUGGCGCCGACGCCGACAGGAUGAGGCCCGGCACCCCCGGUUCGCACGGCGGCGAGUCCGACUACUCGCGCCCCGGCACGCCCACGAUGAACGCCAUGGCCGGCGGCAUGACGGGCUUCAACCGGCCCCUCCACCGCGCGCCGACCCACGACUUCACCACGGCGGCGUCAGGCUACCACUCGCCCACCGGCGGCCGCGCAUCGCCCGGCCCGGGCUUCCCGCAGGGCAUGGGCUACAACCGCUCGCGCAGCCCGCUGACGCGGCGGGGCAUGGGCAUGGGCAUGGGCAUGGGCGCGCCGGCCCCCAGCUACAGCAACAACAGCGUCGGCGGGGCCCGCGACCGCAGCGUCGACAGCUUCCGCAUGGCGCCCACGCCGGGACCCAGCACCGGCGCCCUCGGCGGCGGGCCGAGGGGAUAUAGCAACCUCCCUCAGGCCGAGGCGGAGCAGAGCCCGGGCGACGCGGACCCCAGCCAGUACGACUACUUCCGGGGCAACGCGCGCAGCCAGAGGCGGCCUGGCGAGGGGUGGUAG